AUGGCUUCGAUCAACAACAAGGAGGAUGAAUCAAUCCUUCGCCCACUGGCCGACUUCCCAGCUAGCCUUUGGGAAAAUUGUUUCGAUAACUAUACAUUGGACCAGAAGGAAUACGACUUGUAUGCGGAAGAGAUUGAAGCUCUGAAGGAAGAAGUAAGGAGCAUGCUUAUCGGUGGAAGAAAAAGGGAAACGAUUGAAAAGCUCAACUUGAUUGAUGCUGUAGAACAACUUGGCAUUUCGUACCACUUUGAGAACGAAAUUGAUGCUUUGUUGGAGGAGAUUUUCCAUCAAAAUGAUGAAGAUUUUGAAGCCCUUUUGCAGAAUGGUCUAAGUGCUGCGGCACUACACUUCCGACUAUUGAGGCAGCACGGAUUCAACAUAUCUUCUGGUACCUUCAAGCGAUUCUUGAACGAAAAUGGCGAAUUUAAAGAAACUCUCGGGGAAGAUAUAAAGGGACUUCUUAGUCUAUAUGAAGCUGCUGAAGUGAGAACACACGAAGACAACAUUUUAGAAGAAGCCCUCUCUUUUGCAAUUACUCAUUUAAAUGCAAAUUUAAUGCCUGAUGAUUCGUCUUCCACAAUUGCGAAACAAGUUAAUCAUGCUCUCAAGCAGUCGUUGCAUAAAGGUCUUCCAAGGGUAGAAGCUCGUCAUUACAUAUCGGUUUACGAAGAAGAUGAAAAUCACAACCCUUUACUACUAAGGGUUGCUAGAUUGGAUUACAGAUUGCUCCAGAUGCUGUAUAGACAAGAACUUGCUUACUUGACGAGUUGGGUCAACGACUUGGGAAUAGUUGAAAAAGUCCCAUAUUCAAGAAAUAGAGUUGUGGAAAAUUAUUUUUCGGGCAAUGGAGUUUUCUUUGAACCCCAGUACACUUUUGGACGAAUCGUUAUUGCGAAAACGUUGACAAUACUUACAAUAAUCGAUGACACAUAUGAUGCUUAUGGUACAAUUGAAGAGCUAACAGCAUUCAGGGAUGCAGUGGAAAGGUGGGAUAUCAAGGAGAUCGAUGGAUUGCCUGAGUACAUGGAACCUACCUAUAUGGCUCUUCUAAAUUUGAGUGAGUGGGUUGAAAAAGAGUUAACUAAACGAGGAAGGUCCUAUGCAUUUUCCAAGUACAAAGAGGAGUGCAAACAAUAUGUAAGGGCAAGCUACAAUCAAUCAUGUUGGUUUUUUACGAGAGAGCUGCCACCAUUUCCAGUAUACAAAGUCAGCGCAUUAAUCACAAGCACCUAUUUCUUGCUCCAAACGAUAAGUUUUCUAGCCAUGGAGAGUGGCACUAUAGAUGUGUUUGAUUGGCAAACAAAAGAUCCUAAGAUUCUUGUGGCUUCUGCAAAAAUUGCAAGAUUUAUCAAUGAUGUGGCUUCUCAUGAGAUGGGUUCCGAGGGGAGGGCGGCGAAGGACAGUAGCAAUGGAUUGAUCUGGGUUUCGGGCGGAGGACGGCAGUGGUGGGUCGAUCUGGGUUUCGAGCAGGGGCGGCGGAGGGCAGCAGCGGAGGAUAGGUGGUGGUUCGGGGUGUUUUAG